CAGAUCCUACCGAGACCAGUCGGUCAAGAGCUACUUUAUAUAACAGGUGUAUCAGUGUUUGUAAAUGGAUUCAGUCGCUCGCGCGCAAUGGUGAUAUAAACUUUAGUCGCGCCAAACUCAAACCUAAAACCAGACAGACCUAGUCAUGUUUCCUCUGCCGAUGUUCACACCUGAGCAGGUGGCUCGAGUCUGCGAGAACCUGGAGGAGACUGGAGAUAUGGAGCGCUUGGGGCGCUUCCUCUGGUCGCUGCCCGCCGCGGUGCCCGGUUCCGCCGGAGAGCUGCUCAACCGGCACGAGUCGGUGAUGCGCGCGCGCGCUCUCGUCGCCUUCCACGGCGGGAACUUCGAGGCUCUCUAUCAGAUCCUGCAGAGCCACCGCUUCACGCGGGAGUCCCACGCCAAGCUGCAGGACCUGUGGCUGGACGCGCAUUACCGCGAGGCGGAGCGCCUGCGGGGGAGGCCCCUGGGGCCCGUGGAGAAGUACCGCAUCCGGAAGAAGUUCCCCCUUCCUCGGACCAUCUGGGACGGCGAGCAGAAGACGCACUGCUUUAAGGAGCGAACCCGUAGCCUCCUGAGGGAAUGGUACCUGCAGGACCCCUAUCCAAACCCCUCCAGAAAGCGUCAUCUGGCCCAGGCCACGGGACUCACACCCACACAGGUGGGCAACUGGUUCAAAAACAGAAGACAGCGGGACAGAGCGGCGUCUGCUAAAAACAGAUUGCAGCAAGAUUCAUGCCUCCAUCCCUCCGGAAGCUCUCCAGAAUGCUCCUCGGAGCACAACACGCACCUCCAGGGCUCCUCACCGCAUCGUCCCAGGAGCCCGGGGGAGAACAGUGACUGUAGCUCUGGCACAGGGCCGCGAGGAACCGGGGCAUCCACCCCAGACAUAUCCGUCAGCAGCGACAGCGAGUUUGAGUCGUGAAGAACGCCUGCACCUGCCCUCCGAGACGGACGGAAAGACACGAGAGUUUGAAGCGUCUGGAGGGCAGAGGACUGCUGCUCGUACAUGCACUUAAAGGAAAGACCGAGAAAUCAGAUUGCAAGAAGUCAGGCUAAAAAGAACAGAGUUGCUCCCUUUUUCGUGAUCGGUUCGUCCCUGACCAAAGAGGAUCUGCCAUUUUAAGGCUGGACCUCUUAAAAGGCACGUGCCAAAUCAAUCUCUUCAGGUUCACUGGCUUUUUCAAUCAUUCUAUUGCUCAGGUGGCACAAAAUAUGAGACGCAUCGCACAGAAAGACAUUUAUUAUGCAGAUUGUGUAUUUGAAAUCGAAUCUAGAUCAUCCAUCCCGGCCUUUCAUAGCUCUGCAAACAUCUGUCAAAAGCAUGAAGCGGUUAGAUCUGCUUGUCCAAAAAGAGACCCACUGAAAACA